AUGGCUACUCUCCUGAAAAUGAUGUGGAAUGGAUACAAUAUUGUGUUUGACGAACUAACAGAUCCACGGACUAAAUCGUGGUUCUUGGUGGCGAAACCUUACCAGGGCUUGUCCAUACUUGGCCUAUAUUUACUUUUUGUAUUGAAAAUCGGACCAAACUGGAUGAAGAAUAGACCGCCAUACAAUGUUGAUAAAUUGAUGAUCGUACACAAUUUGAUACAAGUUUUGGCGUGCAGUUACGUAUUUAUAGAGACAAUCGUGUAUGCGUGGGGCUGGAACUACAGAUGGUUCUGCGAGCCCAUAGACUUUACUGAUAACCCGCACGCAAUGAAGGUCGCAGGCUUCGUGUAUCACUAUUAUAUGCUGAAAUAUUUAGAUCUGAUUGAUACGAUAUUCUUCGUGUUAAGGAAAAAGGAAAAUCAAAUUUCAUUCCUUCAUGUUUACCAUCACACCGGUAUGGUUGCACUGAUAUGGGGAGCUUCUACUUAUUUGCCAGGCGGCCACGGUACACUGAUUGGCAUGAUCAACUCCUUCGUACACAUAGUUAUGUACAGCUACUAUUUAUUGACUGUCGCCGUGCCCAGCGUGAAGAACUCCUUGUGGUGGAAGAAACAUAUCACCCAGCUACAAAUUCUACAACUGACCUGGUGCUGCGUCCACAUGGCUGCCUUAGUCUUCAAGCCCGACUGUAGCUACCCCAGAUGGGUUGCCCUAGUAUUUCUCCCUAAUGAUCUGUUCAUGCUCACACUUUUCGUCGACUUUUAUAUAAAAACAUACAUCAAAAAGCCAAAAGCAAAGGUUGAACAAGCUGAAAUGAAAACUGGUGAGACAAAAAUGCAAACAUUCGAAGAUUCGAUAGCGCGACAACGGUCUGGACAAAGUGAGACGAAAUUAUGA